AUGCUAAACAGCAGGUCUGACCUAAAAAGAAGCGCGACAUGUGCUGCCGACUCCACGACGCAAAGACACAGCGUCGCCUCCGCCAGGGCCGAAUGUCGGUCGGUUAAACGACAGUCAGUGUCUUCUGAUCCCAACUCAACUUCGCCCCAAAAAGCCCAAUCUCACUCAAUCCAAACCGUCUUAGUCUGCCCACCUCAAUCAUGGCCGGCAUGA